AUGGGUGUCACUAAGCAAACCACUGCCGCCGGUGACGGCGUCAACUUCCCCAAGAAGGGCGACCAUAUCUCCAUGCACUACAGGGGCCACUUGGAGACUCCCAAUGGACCCGAGUUCGACAGCUCCUACAAGCGUAAUGCCGCCUUCGAGACCCCAAUCGGUGUCGGACGUGUCAUCAAAGGUUGGGAAGAAGGUGUCCCCCAGAUGAGUCUGGGUGAGAAGGCCUACUUGACCAUCACUCCUGACUACGGCUACGGUGCCCGUGGAUUCCCCCCUGUCAUCCCCGCCAACUCUACUCUCGUCUUCGAGGUCCACUUGGUUGGCAUCAACGACCAGAAGGUUUAG